CAAUAUAAUUAAUCAAUUUCAUAACAUUAAUUUUGUUUCACUGGUUAAAUACCAGAUUAUGUAGUUUCAUUUGUAAAAAAACUAUUUUAACACUAAUUUAUUGUAGAAUCUAUGCUCGCAGAUUCCUUUAUUAUGAUCUAUAAAUCAUUAAAAUAUUUAAAUUCUCCGUAUUUAACAUAAGAAAAUGACAGUUGAAGAGAUUUAUGCCAAAUUCAUCAAUGGAUCUGACGAAAAGUAUGAUCUUGAAGAUGACACUUUUCUCAUAUCCACUGAUAUGGACCGAAGUUCAUUAUCAAAGAUGAUAAAUGAGUUACUAAAUUUGGAAAAUCAAGUUUCAUUUGAUAUUAUAAUUCAUAAUAAUCGGCUCCGUACCACAGUUUCCGAAGUAUUGGAGGAGCUGAAUAUUCAAUCUGAGAGUACAAUUGAGGUUUUGUAUGUAUUGACUAUAAGUGAGCCUUCUGAGAAUACUCUUGAUAAAUUGGAUGAUUGGAUUUCAGGUCUCUCAUAUGACAAGAUUUCAGACAUAUCGGCAGUCUGUUGUUAUAAUGGAAGAGUCUCACUGUACAGAUCAGAAACCAUGGAAAAGGUUCAUAAUUUCACAAAUCAGUCUUCAAAAUCAUCAGUUUGCAUUACUACAAACAAGUCGAAUCCUGAAUUUACUGAGCUUAUUUGUGGUACUUUUAACGGCCUCGUUGAGGUGUACUACGUUAAUUCAAAGGUUAAAACCCCGCUGAACACAUUAGUGGCUUCAAACAACGCAGUAUCUGAUACUGUAAACUCAGUAACAGUUGAGGAUUCUUGUAAAGUUAUAGCAUCUGGCGGUUACGAUAAUCUGAUCACACUGUACCAAAAUGUUGAAAUGCUAGACGAGGAAUUAUUAAAUUCUAAAUCUAAUAAAAGAACAUUACAUGAGACUAAGACUUUAACUCAGCUGGGAUCUCUAGCAAAUCAUACAAAACCCAUCACGAGACUAAAAUUCUAUCCUUAUAAAAAUGAAACUCUUUUAUCUUCUUCAAUUGAUGGAAAAUUAUGUGUUUGGGACAUUGAGAAAAAGAGUUUAAUUUCAUCACAUAACACUGGAAAUGCUGUAACAUGUUUUGAUAUAUCACCAAAUGGAAAUAUGGUUUGUACUGGAACUCUUUCAGGAAGUCUUACAAUUUGGGAUUUAAACUCUGAGAACACUUCUGUUAGUCUCAAUUCUCCCCAAGAACAUUCUUAUAACUUUGCUAAAGUGUCACAGUCGAUGCAAUUUGACCGUUUAGUCAGUGACAUUUCAUGGAACCCAAGUAAUAAUCUCAUUUCAUCGAUUUCCCUGGACGGAAGUGUUAUUCUCCUAGACGUCAGAUCACCCAAAUUCCCACUCCAAACUGUUAAUUGUAAGGAUGGAGAGGAAUCUGACAGAGGAACGUGUACGCGCUGGACGAGUUCAAAGGAAAUCAUUUAUACCACAGCUUCUGGUCUUGUAAAUAAGUUAAAAUAUAAGGAAAUUUAGUUUUAAUUGAUGAUAGCAAAUUUUACUUAAAAUGUGUAAACUAGCGCGUGACCCAAUUUCAACACGCACAAAUUUAAAUGUUCUAAUUAUUCAA